AUGGCAAAUGCAAAUGCAUGUGAUGGUACCAUAUCCAUUCUUGUCGGCGAGUCACAGUCAGGCGCAAAUGUAUUAUCUACCAAAUUAGCGCAUCAAAAAGUCUUUACCGCAAAGGCAAUUCGAGAGAGAGAAGUACAACGUAUGUCAACCUUGUCAAAUAGUCCAAGCAGAGCUCGAAUUGGUAUAUCUCAUUUAUCGGUACCAUUAGCGUGGAAUAGCGAUGAACACUUCGGAACACGUGGAGAAGGAAAAGUAUAUUCAAUGUUUGUAUCACUUCAAGCAACUAACAAUGUUAAUGACAGUCGCAUUGUGACAGCCGUUGAUCGUACCUGUACAGAUGUGGCAUUUACCGAUUCAUUCGUUUUUGAAAAUCAACCGGUAGAUUUUGAAAUUGAAAUUCAACUUUAUGCAUCACGAACUGAUGGUGGUGAUAGCAAUCAAUCAUUAAAGCAGAAAUUAACUCGUUCAUUUGGACGACGAUUUGGCGCUAAUUAUAAGACAAAUUUGUUGAAUGAUGAUACGAUACCAUUUGAUUCAUUAAUGAACGGUGAAAAUGGUAGCAAUGGUAGCAAUGGUAGCAGUCAAGAUAGCUCAAACAAUAAAUGUUUUCAUCUGUUAGGUCGAACAACAUUAACUUUAAGUGAUGCGAAACCAAAAGUUGGAAUUUAUGAUCUUCAUUUGUCACCAAAUGCAGCUAAUUAUGGCCCACCAUUAUAUGGCAAUAUUCGAUGCCGAAUUGUCGCUCAACCAAAUUCAGUUGCAAUGCCUCUAUCAGAUGGUAUUUUAACAAUUAAACCCAUUGGUUAUGAUUGUUUGUAUCAGAAUAUGCGUUGUAGAUUACAGGCUGGUGUUUUACGAUGUGCAACAAGCAAUUCAUUGCAAAAUCAAAUCCUUCUUCACAUUUAUAUUAAUAAGGAUUCAAAGAUAUUAGCAUGUAAACAUCAACGCAGUAUUAUUGUUACCUCAGAUUGUUAUUUAGCUGGAACAAAAUAUGAUAAACAAUUUAUUUUAACUUCUGAUAGUGAAGAAGAUAUUGCUGCAUGGAGGCAUGCAAUUAGCUUACAAAUUGCUGAUUGCGAACAAUGGGGUGAAUUUGCUGUUUCAUCGAUAAGACUAACAGUUGAACCGGAUCAUCCGGAUGUGGUACUUCUAUCACGGAUGAAUGGUCGACGAUUGUAUGAUGAAAUUCAAAUUCAGGUCAACGGUGGUAUGCAAGGAAUUCUCAAAACUCAUACAUGUAAUUCACAUCGAAAUUUUACAAUUGAUUCUUCUAAAAUGGUUUCAUUUGCGCCAACAACAAAAUCUAUUCAUACUGCUCCAUCAGGACGUAGACGUAAUAGUCGUUCUCAUAUACGUAAUCUUUUUCAGCCGGUAACUAAUACCGAAUAUCGUUAUGUAAUCAAUUUGCCGAUCAGAGAUGUACGAGCAUUUCAAAAAACAAAUGACACUUCCUCAAAAUCAACUACCAAUGGUUAUAUAAAUAAUCUGUCAUCGUAUGCACAAAUGAAUGGAGGACAAUACAAUGAUCAAGAUGAAACGAAUGCUACACCAGUGGAUGUAUAUGAUGUGGUUCCGGAAAAUUGGUCAGAAAAUUUUUUUAAAAAUUUUAAAAAAACUUUUCAAAAAUCAUUCGGUGUGUUGAAAAAUCGUAAAUCUCUUGAAGUAUCUCGUUUCUAA